AUGGGUAUUGGUAACUCAAACACAUCAGUUGAUCCAGUUAUCAAAGGAUCAGGUUCGCAUAAUCAAAUAUUUGUAGGUGAUUCAGCUUUGAAGGUUAAAAAUGGCACUGCUGUUCAAGAAGUAAUGAAUACUGUUGGUAAAACUGCUAGUAAAGUCAUUGAAAGUGGUGGCGAUAUCAUAACCGCACCAGCAGUUUGGUUAAAAGAUAUCCAACAAAAUUGGCUUACCUACAUGGUUCUUGCUGCUAUUAUUUUAUCAAUUUUAGCAUUCUUUUAUUGUUCGUUUUGUUUUUAUUUUAAUCGAAGAAAAAACAAUUCGUCUAAUAACAAUCUUAUUGAAUUGGCUAAAAUUAUUAACAACAAGACUGGCAUCUUACAGCCACAACUGCCAUUGUCAAUGCUCAAUUUACCAUCAGUUUCACCAAACACACCAACAGAAUUAAGAGUUUAG